CCCUUAUAUUCAUUGGCGUAUUUGCAAAUGGUUCGAUGGCAAUCAUUUUUUCCUGCUUUUUCCAUAGCUUUUGAUGGGACUGGGUCGAUGUUUUAGUUGGUUACCCGCCAUUGGCUGCUGUUGCAAGUCUUGGUAGCAGUUCUCAAACCGCAUUUCUUUCAGUUCCAUGGUGUACAUGUACCUGUGUGCUUCAACAGAGAAAUCGUUCAACUAACCAGUAGUAACGGAAACGCACAUAACAACACGUGACCGAUGCACUCGCUUCACACAAUAUGUGUGCUUGCCCUGACGCGUGCCUUGCUUUCUUCCAUGUCUUAAUGCGUAGGCCAAGCUUGAGAACAAGAAACACCUAGUCCCUAUUAACGGGCGAGGUCGCUUCAAAGAAUCAACGAAAUCGAUUCCUCAACUCGGGCAGCUCAAGCAACGUUAACCUCUAGCUCACUCGUCCAAGCAACCGAUGCGGUCAGGCUAAGCUCUUCUCCAUGCCCUCGCCACCUCGCCCUCGUCCUCCCUCGUCGCCCCAAUUGCUCCUGCCUCCCCAAUUGUUCUCCGUCCACCAAUGUCGUCCUGUGCGGCGGAGACCGGGCUGGUGGCCAUGGACUGCCUGGUGGUGUGCUGCUGCUGCCCGUGCCUGGUGCUGCAGGUCACCGUCUUCCUCCUCGUCAGGCUGCCCAAGAAGGUGGUCGUCAAGACCAAGAGGAUCGUCCUGAGGAGAUGGCACAGGAGAAGACCAGCGCCGGCGAAGGCAGCUGGCUGCCCGGCAUCAGCAGGCUUGAAGCUGGAGGAGCUGCUGGACCUGGACGACGGUUUUGGAGGUGCGUUUGGGAUCGGAGUUGGGUGCAGUGACGGCGGCGAUGGUUGGAAAGAGAGACGUUUCGCGGUCGAUGACGACAGCGUGUGGGAGGCGAUCGUCGAGCAGGAAGGCCUCUUCUGGUUCGGGAGCUUCUGGGGCCGGCCGGAGCAGGAGCGCCCGGCGUCAGGAGAUGAUCGGAUGGAUGAAGACUUCAGGUUACCUGUGGCGUUAGAGAGAGUAUGUGAGUAGGCUAAACGGUUUGAUCCAAGCGUCGUGCACUCGACGAUGUAAAAAUGAGUUUUCAAAGGAUUUCAUUCGGAGUAGCGCUUACAUACAUCCUCUAGUUAGCAUAUACUCAAUGUACAUAUCAACAUGCCAUGAACCAUGAUCACGGCAGAAAGAAUAAUCACAGCGUAUUGAGAUAUAAAUUCCGUUU